AUGGAUGACAAGCAGGCAUUUUUUGUUCAAAGUGAGGAUGGCCGCAAGUUUAAGAUGGUGAUCCGUGGAGAUUUAGGAAAACUGAGUGUGGGAAAGAUACGGCGGUACCUCAAAUCAUACGGUAUUCCGGAUGGACAGUUACUCCUUCACGACGGUGUGGUGCUGGAGGACAGCGCGGUGGGUGGAGAUUUUGGACUGAAGAACAAUUCCAUGUUGCAAUUAGUAUCUCCGCGCCGCGGUACAGUGGCGGCAGAGGUGCGCAGUAAACCGACAAGCGAUCCUACCCCACACGUUUCAGGAGAGAAGCGCAGCAGCAGCACACACCGUGCGACAAGCGCAGAUACGCAUGCGCGUCAUUCGGAGCGUCCUUCCUCGCGUCCACUUACAACGGCGACGGUAAGUCAUGUAGAUCCAUCUAGCAUGUCAGAUGGCCUUUCCCAAACCAAUGUGGUAUCUAGUACUGCUCUUGGAAGCAAAAUGAAUAGUAAAAACAAUGGCAAAAACAUAGGCUCUUCUCUUAGCGCGACACUGGAGGUAGAAAAUUCGCGGCUGCGCAAUGAAGUUGAUCGACUUCACCAGGAACUUUCAGAGUUGCGUGGGCGUCAGAAGUGCGGUGACGGCGGCGUGCGUACGGGACCUGUUCUUGUGGAUCUUUUGCAGAAUGCCAAGUCUAAUCUGCAGGAGCUCAGUGAAGAAUUAGGGGUUUCUUUGCAAUUUGACAUGAAUCUCACUUGCGUUAUUGGCACAGAUGAACGUCACACCGUUUUGGUUACCUUUGAUCACGCAACCGAGCGACUAUAUGUGUACUCGACUCUACUGACGCAGCUUCCUGUGGAUGCCGCGGUGCGUGUUAAGCUGUAUGAACUUCUGUUGGAAGGUUCUUUGCUGGGACGUGAAGUGUGCGGUGGCGGCAUCGGCAUGUCUUUGCAAAGCGGCAUUGUGCUUCUCUCAACUUCUAUUCCGUUGCGUAAUUGUUCCACUUCAGCCCUCAAAGACAUCAUGCCAUCGUUUGUGGAAACUCUGGGGCGUUGGCGGUCUCUCAUCAACGAACUUCUUGAUUGA